AUGCUCCAUCUCGCCAACCUGCGUAAUCUUCUCUCCCAAGUGCUCGCACUGCCGGAGCUGCACACGGCGGUUCUAUUCACGCCUGAGGGCCAGCUCGUCUCGUAUGCGGCGGACCCGUACAAGCCCAAGGACCAUGUGCGGGUUCUCGUUGGCCUGAGCGGGGAGAUUUGGCAGGAGACGAAGGAGCACGGCAUCGGGAUGGCGGACAGUGAGCUAGGCCGGUUACUAAUCAUGCCCAUUGAACGGAUCGACGAAUCAACAUUGAAUGGCGCUGAAGAACACGAUCCGGUGAUGCUCCUCACGCUUAAUGCGGACAAUAGUGUCUCUUGGGAAGAGCUCGAGAUCAAGGCAACAGAACUAGCGAGACACUUGGGAAAGCCACUCCUCGAAAUGGGCGGGCGACUUGCUGUGGCUCCUCCACUCCUUGCCGGCCCACGUCCGGAACGUGUUGCUCGCUGAGGGCCCCCCAAAACGUCACUUAUGCUCUGCCGAACACAGGAGUUCUCGUACGACCUACACGCUUGCUGCUAUCGCGAAGCCUGGCCGAGUGAUCGGUCUGCCUAAAGGACGUCACUAAUGCAGCAAGAGCCAAUUACAAAUCGUUCAUUGUGAUGGUUGAGCCGUGCAAUGUCAGCACAGACGGGCUGCGCUUUCUCCUCCCGAACGCGUUACGAGAGUACUUGCCACUCGCGCUCGCGCUCACAUCAUCAUACCCGUUUUCACCCGCUGGCGGUCCUCCUGUUGCAUGCUAUGUAUUGUCGUGUCCGUGUGGAAUUGCUAUACCAGAAUGU